AAGCCUGGGAUAUUUGAAGUAUCUAUACAAUCUCGUCAAGGGUUGAAGCUUCAAAACCAUUUUGAGAACGAAACGAGCAAGACUAACUCAGACAAUGGCAACGAUUUAUCGAGUUAACGUUUGGCUGUUUGUGGCGUUGAUUACUUUGGUUUCUUUCCCAAAAGAAACCCUACAAUCGAGCAGCCCUGGAUUUAUUUUCGAAUCAGAUGAACAUUUUUACAAAGUUGUCUACGAACAAGACGACAUCCGUACAUUCUACGAGGCAGAAGAAAUCUGCAGCGAGUUUGAAAAUGGUCACCUCGCGAGUAUAAACAGCCCAGCAGAAAACGAAUGGCUCCACCGCAAGAUUCAGUCCCUUGGGCAUCUCAAGAAACCGGGACAUUUCUGGGUGGGUGCGUCUGAUAAACGUCAAUUUGGUUCCUUCGAAUGGCUUGAUGGGACGCCAUUCGUGUUCCAUGCGGCACAUUAUAUGAGUGCAAGGAACCCUCGCAAGAAGCAAGACUACGAAAUGUGUUUGUCGAUGACGUCUUCAAGUAAAGAUGUGUUUUGGAAAGAAGUCGAUUGUUAUAACGCGAGGGGAUAUAUCUGCAAAACUGAAGGUGUUCCGAAGCGUUUGAUUUCACACCGACGAUUCGGAUACGAAUUUGAAGACAACAUCUGGACGUACAAGUUCAUCAUUAAUCAAGACGACAUGCUAUCAUGGCCAGAAGCUGAUGUCUACUGCCGCAAGACAGAAUGGGGCCAGCUACUGAGCAUUUCAAACGAAAGAGACACAAACAGGAUCUCACAAUGGCUCCAGCUUCUUCGGCCUAUCUUUGGAUUUACAAAGCUGUGGAUUGGUGCUUCCGAUAUGGCUAGGGAAGGCCGGUAUUAUUGGACCGAUGGAAGUUCCUAUAAUUACACCAACUGGGCCCCUGGGGAGCCUUCGGCAGUGUACAGGGGAAUGGAACAGGACUGUGUUGCGAUAUCUGGUCAUCCGUACUGGGGACAAUGGAGAGAUGAGUACUGUCUGGAUAAGUUGCCCUUCAUUUGCAAAAUUAAAAUGUGUGGUGAAAGAACCGACUUGGCUUUUGCCAUUGAUGCCUCAGGAAGCAUGGGACCUGAAGACUUCGCAAAAGCCAAACGUUUUGUCAAGGCACUAACUGCAAGUUUCAAAGUGUCCUACAAAGGAACCCACGUUGGUGUCAUACGAUAUUCCACUAAAGCCAAAGUCAUGUUCGACUUUAACAGCUAUUUCAGCCAUGACGAAGUCAACGAUGCCAUUGACGACAUCGAGUACACGGAGGGAGGAACGAGAACUGAGUUUGCCCUAGAGUUCGCCAGAACAAAGCUUUUCUCUGAGUCCGGAGGAUACCGACCUGCACAGGACAUCUUCAAGAUAUUUAUUCUAAUGACAGACGGCAGAUCCGAGAGCAGAAGAAAAGUUGCAAAAGAGGCAAGGUUAUUAAAGCAACGAGGUGUUCACGUUCUGGCUGUGGGUGUCGGGAGAUCAACCAAUCAGAAAGAGCUGGAAUCCAUAGCAACCAGCAAGAGUGACGUCAUUGGGGUGUCGUCGUUUAGGGAGCUGAUGAUCAGAAUGAACGAGAUCAAGGACAAGCUUUGUGAUAUUGCAAUUGAAAACGAAAGGAGAGCAAAACUCAGGACAACAAGAAGGCCAAGCCGAGGACGUGGAUAAUUAAUUAAAACAAAGACAUUGUUAUAAUUAUUAAACAAGCUAGCCUUGUGAGUGCAGUAUCGGUAGCCAUACCACGAUACAGGCGACGUCUUCUCCAUGUACAUUUGUAAGCAUAAAUUUUAUCUUACUUCAAAUAAGUAAGUCUCUACUUGCCUUACUAAAUCUCCCUGCAUGAAAACUAAUAUGUUAAAUACGUAAAUAAUUGCUAGGAUAAUAUUAAGCUAUCAGACUGAACACAGAUUGUUCAUUACAAGUUAUGGGACUGCUAAGGUCUAAUGCGCAUGCACAAUGAUAUCGUGUUGCGGUCACGUGAUUCAGUGAUCACAUGACCGUGUAAAAGGUUUUCAAAAGAAUAGCUUGAAUAUCAGGAUGGUGGUGGUGGUGGUUUUGGUUGUAGAGCGAAGAAGAUAACGGCAGCAUUAGAUUUGAUAACGAUAAGGACGACGACGACGAAGAUGAUGAUGUGCAAUAGUGCAGUAGCAAUCAUGAUGGUGACGCUGGUGAUAGUUGGUGACGAUGAUUCAACUAUUUGUAUAAAUAUUAUAUAAUUGUAUUAACUGUAAGACAAAAAAGAGGACGGUAUUAAAAUUGGAUACCCAGUGAGAAUAGAAAGCGUGCGCAAGUUUGAGGGUAAAACGUGGUGCAAAAUUUGCUUCAAAAAGCUAGAAAAUAAAAUGUAUAACAUUUGACAAAAUAGGACACUGAGGUAUCCCAUAAACAAAUAUGUUAAACAUGUAUAUGUAUACAUAAUAGGGCAAUGCUGGGACGUAAAAAGCAUUUGUUAAGCUAAUAAGAUGGGGUUCAAAUGGAAUUCUUUAGACGAAAGAAGAAAAGGAUAAAUAGCUAUUCCAAGGUUGUGGGAAAAACUGGCUUAAUUCGGCAUUGCAAUGUAUUGUACGACUGUUUUAGGGACGAAAUGAGACGCCAUCUUGGAAAUGUCCCCCAAAACAUUCCCACAAUACACUGCAAUGGCAACUCGACCCAGAUUUUUUUCUCGCCCUGGGAAUGGCUAAUAAAUAAUCUUAUGCCAAAGGGGGAUCCUCUGGCUACUCCUUUGAAUUGCGAUGCAACUACUUAGGUGAAAGUGCAUACAGAAAUGUUCAAAUUGAACUUAAUAUAGACCGUUUUGGUAUUAUAUAAUCACAAUUAUAUAAGCUUAAACUAUCUGUAUGAAUAUAGAAUUAUUACAAAUAGAUAUAACGAGCUUAAGCUAAUAAAAUAAAAAAUAAAUGUCCAA